UAAGAAUUCAGAAGCGAGACAACAAACGAUAACUUGGCAAGAGAAACGAGAGAGAAAUCAAAAUCCCAACCGACGAAUAAACACACACACUCUUCCCUCUUAGUUCCUCGUUAGUCCCGCCUCUAGUCUCAGAUCCAUUUAUUUUCCGAAACAAGGAAAUUUCUUUGUUUCAAGAAAACAAAGAAAUGUCAAAUUCGCACAGCGAUACGGUACCUCUUCACCCGUCGUCUCAAUCGGACAUCGACGAGAUCGAGAAUCUAAUUAAUGCCAGCGUCCAAUCCGGCCCAGCCACAGUCCUCCCGGCCCGACCGCCAAGCCCACCUCGUGCCUCCAUUCCGGUCUCCUCAACCCCCUUCAUCCAAUCUCAAAUCCCCCCUCCACCUCCGCAGUCAUCGUCGUCCAAUCAGAAGGUGCCGACUGUCGCUGCCGCCCCUCCUCCUCCUCCCCCCUACGUCGGAAACUCUAGCAGCAUCGCCGCUACCGGGUUCGGUCCUGCACCCAACACGCUAACGGAGCCCGUUUGGGACACUGUGAAGAGAGAUCUGUCGAGGAUCGUUAGUAACUUGAAGUUGGUGGUGUUUCCGAAUCCCUACAGAGAAGAUCCUGGAAAAGCCUUGAGAGAUUGGGAUCUAUGGGGUCCUUUUUUCUUCAUUGUCUUUUUGGGACUCACGCUUUCUUGGUCCGCCUCUGUUAAGAAGUCUGAGGUAUUUGCUGUUGCAUUUGCCCUGCUUGCAGCUGGUGCUGUAAUCUUGACAUUGAAUGUACUACUACUGGGUGGGCAUAUUAUUUUUUUCCAGAGUUUGAGCCUUCUCGGUUAUUGUCUAUUUCCCCUGGAUAUAGGAGCCCUAAUCUGUAUGUUGAAGGACAAUGUCAUAGUGAAAAUAGUUGUGGUCAGUGUAACAUUGGCUUGGAGCUCAUGGGCUGCCUAUCCUUUCAUGAGUUCAGCUGUCAAUCCGAGGAGAAAGGCGCUUGCUCUGUAUCCCGUUUUUCUUAUGUAUGUAUCCGUCGGUUUUCUCAUCAUUGCCAUUAAUUGAAGUUCUCUCCUUUUAGGGAUUCCAAUGAUUUACCGAAACAUUAUGGAGUAACAUAGUAACGUCAUGUGGCUGUGGUUACUGUAUUAUUUUUUUUUACGCAACACAAUAUCUUGGAAGGCUCAUUCGCCAAAUAUAUAUAUACUGUCUGUAUCAAAUCUUUUUGUAUUCUACUACUACUAUCUCCAUUUCUUUUGGUAGUGAUGAUUAUGGCUAAGGCGGCAAUGGGGGCAUUUUAGGGAUUCAGCUUUAUUUUC